AUGCCAAAACAUACUCGGGGUCCUAGCUCCUCUCAGAAUCGCUAUAAUGCGAUCCCAGUCUCUCUGGCCCCUUCUCCAAUGUACAACCAGCAGCGUAUGACCAUGCCCAACUACUACGGCAUGGGUACCACAGCUGGCUCCUCACUCGCUCUUCAAACUCAAACACAACAACCUACAUACGACCCAUACCCCACAUCUUCAGCUCCUCCCGUCUCGAUUCCUGAGCCCGUUCAGGAGCCCGUACAGCACCGGGCCAGUUCAGGAGCCUGGACACCCCAAGACGACCAGCAGUUGCUCACCGCACGCAUGCAGGGUCUCAACUGGGGACAGAUUCAAGCCAACUACUUCCCCUCCAAGACACCUAAUGCUUGCCGUAAGCGUCAUGAGCGAUUACUGGACCGCAAGGGUGCUGAUGACUGGGACAACAUCAAGCUUCAGCGCUUGGCCAAGGAGUACAUGGCUAUGAGAAAGGAGAUCUGGAGCGGCCUCGCAGCUCGAACGGGCGAGAAGUGGAACGUUGUCGAAGCCAAGUGCAUGUCGAACGGCCUCAAGAAUCUGCAAAGCGCCGCCCGCGCCGCAGCCCGUCGUGACCGACUCGAGUCCGGCGCUCUCUCAGGGUAUGACGACGACAGCGGCAUCUCGGGCAUGGGCCUAACACCGGUUGACGAACUAGACGCAUCGUAUAGCAGCCCCGAGACGAGUGUAUCCUCCAUCGUGGCCCCGGCCAGCAACUCGUAUCAGCAAAUGCAGCCGCACCACAUGGCAAACGCAGUCCACUACAACCUCAGCGCUGCCUACGCCCCUGGCUAUGGCGGUCACGGAUACUCGUCGAGCGUGAGCUCAAACGCCAGCGUUGGACACUACGGGCAUCAUCAAAGCCAGGGGAACAGUCCUCAGUACAUGACGCAGCGACCCCAAAGUUCGGAUAUGGGUAUUGGGAAUCUCAUUAACAGGCCAGGACGAGGUGUCUAA